AUCCCAACGCGCCGAGCGCGCAGCCAUGGAGGAGCUGGGUAGAGUGCGGCUAAGCGAUCCUGAUGCCCUGCUACCUGCAGGCUUCUGGGCCGCCGUGACCGUGUGGCUGGAGAGGCCACAGGUGGCCAACAAGAGGCUGUGCGGCGCCCGCAUGGAAGCCCGCGGGAGAACUUUGCGGUCCCACGCCCAGGCGGAGUGUGGACCGCGGCAGGGACAGGGACACGGGCUGGAGAGGGAACCCGGACAGGCUUCUCCUAAAGGAGAGCCAGAGUCGGGACCUAGGGCGAGCCGCGAAGGCACCGCUCCCGCGGCUGACCUGAACUCGCUAUGGGACCGAGUCUCCCAAAGCCUCGUCCACGCCAAUCCGGAAAUGCUGGCCUUCCUCUGUGGCCCCUCGUUGGGUCCUCAGCCUGAAGCCGCGCAGGAGCUCGACCUGAUUCUCAGGACUGUCAUCCCGAAAGCGAGCCCGCACUCCCCACUCACAGAGCCGAAGAAAGAACUGGUAGUGCAAGAUGUCUCCAGUGGGAGUGUCACCUUUUUGCCCUUGGAAGAAGAUAAUGAGGGGAAUUUGGAGGUUAAAACGAGCAACGUGUAUCAACUCCAUCUCCAUCACAACGAAGGAGAAUGGUUCAUAUCUGUUUUAAUUUUCUGUCCAGAGAGAUGGCAUUCAGAUGGUGUUGUCUAUCCUAAGCCUGCCUGGCUCGGAGAAGAACUGCUGUCCAAGCUGGCCAGGUGGGCGGUGGAGAACAGGAAGAGCGAGUUUAAAAGCACACUUUCCCUGGUGUCUAUCCUGCGCUAUAGCAGGAUGUACCAGGAGCUCAAAGAGAAAUACAGAGACAUGGUAAAGGUUUGGCCUGAAGUAACAGAUCCUGAAAAGUUUGUCUAUGAAGAUGUGGCCAUUGCUACGUAUCUGCUGAUCCUAUGGGAAGAGGAAAGGGCUGAGAAGGGAGUCACCACCAAGCAGUCUUUCGUGGACUUGGGGUGUGGAAAUGGCCUUCUGGUCCACAUCUUGAGCAACGAGGGGCACCCAGGUAGAGGGAUUGAUAUCCGAAGAAGAAAAAUCUGGGACAUGUAUGGACCCCAAACUCAGCUGGAGGAAGGCUCCAUCACUCCGAGUGACGAGACCCUGUUCCCUGGUGUUGAUUGGCUGAUUGGUAACCAUUCUGAUGAGCUCACCCCCUGGAUCCCUGUCAUUGCAGCCAGGUCUUCCUACACCUGUCGUUUCUUUGUCCUGCCCUGCUGUUUUUUCGACUUUGUGGGGCGAUACCAGCGGCAGCAGAGCAGGAAGACACAGUACCGAGAGUAUCUGGACUUUGUGCUGGAGGUGGGGCUCUCCUGUGGCUUCCACGUGCAGGAGGACUGCCUCAGGAUUCCUUCUACUAAGCGGGUCUGCCUCAUUGGGAAAUCCAGAACAUACCCGCCUUCUGCAGAGGUCUGGAUGGAUGAGCAGAGAACGCGAUACCUGCACAGCAGACAGGGCCAUCCACAGAGCCGGCCUGGAGGGGCACAUGCACCUUCUGCACCGCAGACUGCUGCUCAUGACGCUGGUCUCCAGGACAGUUGCAGGACCGUCAAUGCUGGGUCUGAGUGCGUGCUGGAGGGCCUGGCUGCUGAGCGAGGAGCUGGAGCCCCAGCCCCAGGACUCUGGGUGCCUGGGUUCUGCCCUAGAGAAAAGGCCGAGCGUGUGAGGAAUUGUGCAGCCCUCCCUCGAGACUUCGUUGACCAAGUGGUUUUGCAGGUGGCAAACUUGUUGUUAGAUAGAAAGAAGUUCAACACAGGAAACUCUGAAGCCAGGAGUCUGAAGCCCUGGAAUGGAGGAGGGAGCCUUUCCUUGGCAGAAGUGGCUGCAGAACUAAACUCAGAGACGCUGCAGCGGCUGAAGCGGGAGUGUGGAGGCCUACAGACCCUUCUCAAGAAUAGCCAUCAAGUGUUUGAAGUUCUGAAUGGGCGCGUUCACAUCCGUGACUGGCGGCAGGAGCUGCAGAGGGGAAAGCCUCCAGAAGCCAAGCAGAACCUGUCUGCAGCAGUGUUCAAGACUCGGAUCUGCUGGUUCUUCGCCCACCAUCCUGAUGGCUGCGUACUGCCUGCUGCCCAAUGCCCCUUUGCCCAUGGGCCCGAAGAGCUGCGCCUGUCACAGACCUUGAAGAAGCAGAGGCAGGCUCCCUGAGUCACCUCUUCAGUGUUCUCUAGCUGUUGGUUUCCCUUGUCCUGAUGACUUCACGCUGGGGCUGGGUUGGCUUCAGUAUGAGCUGUUGGUGUGCACAGCCACUGUCAGUCACUGGGACGUGUCUGCAGGCAGUGGAGCCUGCUCAGCCCUUUAUGACUGCUCUGGUGCCAGAGCUAUCAUGUCAGCCUCUGCAGAUCUGACCUUCUCAUUCUUGGGGCUGUGUGCCCCAGGUCUCCUCUGCAGAGAAGCUCUCUGCAGCAUGGUCACAGGAUCGCUGCAAGCAGAGGCACAGGGCUUUCUGAAGUCAUUAUCAGAGUCCUACAGAGAACAGCUUCCAGAGUCACUCCCAGCCACCCGGUGUUCGAGGCAUGACUGUGAACAUUGUCUCCACCUGAUCCUUCUCUUUAGAACCUUCUCCCCAGGGCUAUUGGACAGUUUUUCCUUUCAGGAAAAAUCAUUUCCAUUUAAAUUUGUUUUCAGUCUUACACAAAAAGGAGCACUCACUACAUCUGAGCUAAAUGUCCUGGGAUCAGUCUUUGAAACCCCACGGGGUAGAAGUACUUCUGAUGACCAAUCUGGUGUCAUCUGAGUAGUGAGAAUAAAGUUAGUUAUUCUGAAGAGCCAAGGGCUUCACAGCAUCCCAGAGCAGGGUGGCCAGCAUGGGUCUCAGGCCCAGCUGCUGAGAACUACAGCUUGCUCCCACCUCUUCCCUAGACACUUUAGUAGUCCCAGCUCCCAGAGCAGUGAUGACAGUCUGCCCCAGGCAGUGCUGUCACCAGUCUCGGAUGGACUAUGCCUAUAAUUGCCUUUUCUCCCAUGUCCAUAGGGGCCUAGAAGCUGUAGAGCCCUUUCGCAGCCUGGCCUCCUGUCUGAGAGGCAGGGUUUGGUCUCGGGCCCCGUAGGUGCCUGGAAAUCUAAUGGUUCCCAGGAAUUUCAUGAGGCAAGGUUCCCAGAGGUGUUGGGUCUGGCUUCAGAUUUUUCUGGAGACCCAUGUUAAGACAGCUAAACCGAGAGGUGGGACAGUCUUAGGUUCCCACCUUUUCCAGGUCACAAAGCUGAAGCCGGGGUUGCUCUGGGAGAAGACACCACAGAAGUGCCUUCAAGAUGAGCUGAGGGCUCCCUCCCUCGCCUGCGCAGGGCCUGCAUUCAGUGAGGAUAGCUUCCAGAGCCCCUGCAUGAGUGUGCAGGAUUAGGGAAGUGCUCGUGGGGGGUGGUCAUGCCUAUCUCUCUGCUGCAUUGCUGUUCUGUUAAACCAGGUCCUACCAUGUGAGUAAUGAGAUCAGAGGAGCAAGAGAGCUCAGAGCUGAAGGACUGUGCUAACUCACUGCCGUGAUGGCUGACUGCUGAGCACCAUCCCAGGCUUGCUCGACCUGCAAACACGCUUGUUCAGGAACUGGAGCAUGGCCACCUUGGCCAUUUGGUUUCUGAGUCUUCAAAUGGUUGUGGCCCACACGGUUAGAGCUCAGGGUUGCUGGUGAGAACUGCUGUGAGUUCCAGAGCACUUACAAGGUAAGGGCCCUGGCAGCUUCCCUGCUUUGGGUGGUGGUUUCUUUUUUCUUUUCUUUUUUUUUGUGAGAGAUGUACAUAUUUUAAUAUAUAUAAAGCUAAGAAAAGAAC